UGUCCCCUGCGGCGUGCGCACCCCAUCCGUCCGGAGGAUCCACAGUACAGGAGGAGCCCAGGUCAAGCCUGUCAUUGUUUUUUUGAGGAUACCGCUACGAUGAUCCUAAGGUGAGCGGACCAGCGCUGUGCUCCGUGUGCCUAUCAAGCCCUAAGAUCUCAGUUUGUAAAGGAAACUUGUCGCUUAGAGGGACACAAAAUGUCUUCUGCCACCAUUAGCCUGCUGAUGCACACCCUCCUCCUCAUUUUGCCCCUGGUUGCAGGCCAGCAUGGGCACUCUGACUGUGUCAUCAAGAGAGAGCAAGAGAAAUGCAUGGAAAAGAUCGCUUCGGAUGAUCCAGGAAAUGAUCCAGAAUUUGGGUGCACAUGGAUGUGGGACAACCUGACAUGUUGGCAGCCUGCCAGGAUUGGUGAAGUGGUGGAGGUCAACUGCCCUGAGCUUUUCUCCGAGUUCAUGAGCGAAGAAGACUAUGAGCUGGGGAAGGUGAGCCGUAACUGCACUGAGUUUGGCUGGUCGGAGACUUUCCCCCACUAUGUAGACGCCUGCCUCUUCGAUGAAGGCAACAGCAGUCAUCCGGUAAGUGAUAUGUACUAUGUGUCAGUGAAGGCUCUGUAUACAGUGGGCUACAGCACCUCCCUGGUCUCCCUCACCACGGCCAUGGUCAUCCUGUGCAGGUUCAGGAAACUGCACUGUACCAGGAACUUCAUCCAUAUGAACCUCUUUGUGUCUUUCAUCCUGAGAGCCAUUUCUGUCUUCAUCAAAGAUGGUGUGCUUUAUGCCAAGGAGGACAGUGAACACUGCUUCAUACACACUGUGGAGUGUAAGGCAGUGAUGGUGUUCUUCCACUACUGUGUCCUCUCCAAUUACUUCUGGCUGUUCAUUGAGGGCCUGUAUCUCUUCACUUUACUGGUGGAGACCUUCUUCCCUGAGAGAAGAUACUUCUACUGGUACAUCAUCAUUGGAUGGGGAACGCCAACAGUCUGUGUGACAAUAUGGGCGGUGUUAAGACUGCACUUCGAUGACAUAGGGUGUUGGGAUAUGAAUGACAAUGCUGCCAUCUGGUGGGUGAUAAAAGGACCUGUGCUAGCCUCGAUUAUGAUAAACUUUGUUCUCUUCAUUGGCAUCAUCAUCAUCCUUGUCCAGAAGCUGCAGUCCCCUGACAUUGGUGGAAAUGAAUCCAGUAUUUACCUGAGGUUGGCCCGCUCCACUCUCCUACUGAUUCCUCUGUUUGGCAUCCACUACACUGUGUUUGCCUUCUCCCCGGAGAAUGUCAGUAAACGAGAGCGCCUCGUGUUUGAACUGGGCCUUGGAUCCUUCCAGGGCUUUGUUGUGGCUGUCCUCUACUGCUUCCUGAAUGGAGAGGUGCAAUCGGAGAUCAAGAGGAAAUGGCGCAGCUGGACGGUGAACAGAUACUUUGCUGUGGACCUGAAGCACCGGCAUCCUUCGCUGGCGAGCAGUGGGGUGAACGGGGGGACGCAGCUGUCCAUCCUGAGCAAGAGCAGCUCUCAGAUCCGCAUGUCCAGCCUGCAGGCCGAGACCCCGGCCACCUGAACGGCAGCCAAGGGGAGGCCCUGUCCAGCAACGGUGACACCUUCACAACCGGACCUGACACUACCAACCUCACCUCACACACCGUGGUACCCAUGACCAG